GAUUCAGUGCCACUGAUUAGUUGAGGAGCCAGCUGUAGAAUGAAGAAGGUCUGUAAGAAAAUGAGGUUGAAGCACGCUUGGCUUUUGUUACUUCUGAUUUGUUCUGCCCGGCCCAAUCCGUUUCCAAGUGUUCCUGGAACUGAAGAGGCAGAGUCAGAAUGGGACAGAAUGGAGGCAGAGAUGGAGGCAGAGCCGGAUGAAGAAGUGUACCAAGACCUUGUACCCGGCUCUCCUAUAUCUGAUGUGACAUUCCUAAAAAGCAGAUCCUCAGUGCCUCAAAGAAAAGAGGCUCACUGGUAUCGAAUUGUCUCCGUCUCACAGGACCCGAAAGAGUUCUUUAGGCCAGAAAAGGGUGUCAGGCCCGUCCCUGAGCCGGUAAAGAAAAUGUUGCGAGCACCACCUCCCCCUAUUGCCUCACCUGGUGGAACAAGCACGUCUAAGCUGGUUGAUGUCUUGUGCCAUGUCGACCGAAUGUACGUGAGAGUAAGACGGGAGCUCUUUUCAACUCAAGAGGCAUUCAAAGACUUGCGACUUGGUGUUUGUCCCGUGAAUGAAGGCACUGCAGACCAUUACUACCUUCUCUACCUGCUGAAAAGUGACUGUGGAUUCAAAAAAGAGAGUAAUAAAGACGAAUUGUUCGUCAGUAUCGUGCUCCACUACAAGCCAACUACUCCAGUAGUACGAGACAUGCCUUUUAGCAUUUCCCUGCAAUGCAAAUAUCCACGCCAUUUUCACUCCUUCAAUCCUGGCAUCUCCAUCCAACUGAAGAAAGGCACGGUGUACAAAGCUCUCAGACCAAAACAUUCUUACAUCCUCACUUCACAAGAUGCGUCAGGGAACCAAAUUGUUGGUGACGAAUCAUUCAUGUUGGGAGAGCCGAUGUACUUUGAGGUGAAACGAGCUGACGACAGACCAACGGACCUGAGGCUUUACAUUAACAAGUGUUUCAUGACGCCGUCCCGAGAUUCUAACUCGGAACCAAAAUACGCCAUUAUCGACAACCAAGGCUGUAUGUACGACAGUGUGGUAACGAGACAGUCCUUGUUUCUCAAGGGCCCCUUAGAUGUCCAAAAGUUCCGCGUGAGCGCCUUCAUUUUCAAGGACAUGGUUGCUACUUCAUCGCCGCAGUUUCAGCAGCUCUACCUGCACUGUGAGUUGUCUAUGGACCAUCACACGCCAACUCCGAGAUCAAAGGCGUGUAAUUUUGAUCAAGCUGCUAAAAAGUGGAAGGAGUUGUAUGGCGAAGAUGAUGUGUGUGCCUGCUGCACUGAAUCCUCCUGCAUGUCCCAACCAAAAGCUUCUGGCAACGUGGUCUCAAGUCCGUCUUGGAAGGUCAGCUUCAAGGGUGAUGAUGCGAACCCUGAGUUUGAGCAGUCGCCGAGAUCUUCCAGCUGGGGAACAUCCAUCUUGGAGAACAUGACGCAGCAUGGAGACUUCCUCAGUUACUGGGACACGAAGACGUGAAUGAGUACUUUUUAGAAAUAAAAAAAAACUCCAUGUCA